CUGAUGCUUUUACGUAUGAUGCAAAUAUUCGUGCGUUACGGAAUAGAAUUACAUGCAUAAGCAUACUCGAAUAAAUGAAGGCGUUUUGACGGUCGCACUUCACUCCUCCUUUAAUUUAACUCCAUUGAAAGAGUUCAUACCUGCACAGACUUGACGUACAUAAUUUAAAAUAUCAUAUAUAGAUUGGCAAGUCUUUGAUACUUGAAUACAAAUAUGUUAUUCAGAUAUGAAGGACACACCAAUUUUCCCAGAUAUGUUAAACGCGGUCAUUCGCCUCUCAAAGGAGUAAACCACCGUUACAAAUGAUCUCUAACAGACACACGGGGCCCGGAAAGUUGGAGCUGCAUCUACUUGAAAAUACACAAGUUUAUUUGCAUGGAGCAGACGAGGUGCCUUUCAUCAACCACCCUCUUGAGGAACAGUUUACUGUUGAACUAGGGCAGACGGUCACGGCAAUAUUUUUGAUUCGAGAGAUAGUCAACGAUCCAUUUUUGGAAUCAGUGUCAGUCGAACAGAGAGCUUGUAGAUGGGCUAGCAGUGAAAAUUUCCUUUCUACGCACGUUCUCUACAGCUACUCUACGUGCAUUGUAGACUGCCGCGCUCGAGCCCAAAUGGAAAUUUGCUCGUGCGUUUCUCAAUUCAUGCCACGAAUGGGCGGGUUUCCUGCUUGUGAUUUGAACGGAUUAAUCUGUCUACAGGAGAAUAAAGAGAAUUUCAAUAACCUACGGUUAAAUACAUCAAAUGCCAAGGGCUUAGCAUGCGACUGUAUGGCAAGCUGUGAUGAACCUGAAAUAAACAUCGUUGAAACUUUAUACGAAGGGGAAGUGCCCACUUUUAAGGACCGUGACAUAGACAGAGACUGGUCUAAUGGGACAGGAAUAAACUCGAAGAUAACAAUAAAAAUGGAAUCAUUGCCAAUGGAGCAGUACAUCAGGAAACUAGUUCGAUCUCCACUUGAACUCAUUGUUUCGAUAGGAGGAAUUAUCGGCCUGUUUCUUGGACUUAGCAUGAUUGAUGUGAUCGAAUUAAUUCACUAUAUUUGUAUUAAGGGGAAUCCAUACAUAACAUGUCGAUGAAACGAUAAAAUCACUGUUCAUUUAGCCACGGCUCAUGUCGCAACGCAAUGGAUCGUAUUCGAUACAUCGAACAGGUGAGAUUGUAUCGAGAUCGAUUGGUUUAACAUGUGAACAUAGCCUCGAAAGUCAAUUGAGUAAGCUGAGGGAAAGGAUUUUUGGGAAAGAAUUGUGAUUCUCAUGAGUACAAAAUGGCAAUGCAAUGUGAAAUUUUUAGGAAUUUUGAGGCAUUUGAUAUGCCGCCUCAGUCGAUUUUGUCAUGAAUAAUUACC